AUGCUGUCGGAAAAAUCUUCCACGAAGUCGUCAACAAUAGAUGUCGUACCGUACGACUCUCUCACACCAGACUCUGCCAAGGAAUCCCUACUCAACAAUAUUCUCCUAUGGUUAAUUAUCAUUCUUUGCCUAUGGAACUUGUAUGCCAUUAUAAACAUUAGAAAAGAGUUGCGAAUUGUUAAUGAUCUGUUAAUGAAAGUAUGGCAAGAACUGCACCCAAAUGAUGAUUGGGGAAUGCUUCAGGAUGCUUCCCAGAUAGAUCUCUUGGAUAAACUAGAAAACUGGAUCCAGGGAUUCAUUUGGCAAAUGAGAUAA